CAGGGUGGGUAGUCAGUGCUCCAGUGACAGUGCUUGCAUCUGAAGAAGUGGGUUUUUUUUUUAACCUAGGAAAGCUUAUGCCCAAAUAAAUCUGUUAGUCUUUAAGGUGUCACCAGACUCCUGGUUUUUGUGGAUACAGACGAACACGGCCACCCUUCUGAUACGGAGCUACAGUAGUUUUCACUGCAGAGAAGGCACUUUCAAAACCCCUCAGCGCGAGAGACAGAGGAGCAGGCUCAUGGGUGCAACCAUCAAGCACUGACUCUCCCCUCGGGCGGCAGCAGCGCCGCCACCAAGGCGCUGGGCUGCGGGGACGCCCGGCCGAGCGUGGGCUUGGCAGCAGCCCUCUCCCGGGCCCGAAGCUCCGCGCUGGCUGCAGGCAGGGUGGCCGCCGAGUCCCGCUUUGCUAUCGGGCUGUGCAAUCACUAGUGGGAGCUGGAGAGGGCAAGCGCGGAGAAAAAAAAAAUAAAACAAAUAAAACUGCAGCGCCUGAGGGAACCUGGCGGGGAGAAACACCACCAGCAGCAGCAGCGGACCCAACUUUGUGGCGUGGAGGCGCAGCGGCGGCAGUGAGCGGCGCCUGCUCCCCGUCCCGGGGCCCGCGGACCCAGCGGCGGGGGCGGCCUGGCAGCCGGGUGGAGUUCACUUCUUUUGUUCCUGGAAGCUGAAUAGGAGAAAGGGACAUUUCAGGUUAACUUGAUAAAGGUCACCCAGCGGGGAAUGCUCUUGUUUUAUUUAAAGCACAGUAGUGACAAGAAGAUUUCUUGAACUCUGGGAAUUCUGCAGAAGCCCAUAAAAGGCUGCCAGACCUAGAAGGAAUGGAUAACUGAGAAUUUUGCGUGUACGCUUUUAUCCACAUGCUGUCCUGAUUAUGUGCCAUCCUGAUUUUAAGGUUUAAUCUCCUCUUGGCAAGUCCUAAUAGUCUUGCUCCAAGCUCUGACUGGGAGGAAACAGAAUUAAAACAAGAAGCUUGAAGCAGAAAGCUAGAUAAAAACCCUGGGUAAGCUCUGCUGAGUGAACUGCUAUCUAAGUUGACAGUCAGAGUCACUGCUGUAACGGCUGUGCAGGAGGAACAGGACAGCAGGCUUGCGGGCAGACUUGUCUGAGGAUCUGACAGAGACGAAGCACGGGGACAGUGAAAUAAGAAAAGAAAAAGAAACAGAAGAACACAGGCAAAUCAGAAUCACUACUCUCCUGCAGCAAUGGGUUGGCUGGAAGAAUCAAACUGGCAGCUUCACAUUUCCUUGAUCGUGCUACUCUCCAUGCACACCGAGGCCAGUGGUCUAGACAAACCGUAUUUGCGGAGUUCUGGACAGUUGAACUUGGAGAACAGAAAGGAAGAUGGUGAGAGUACAGCACCUGCUCCUCCCCAGAAGCCACUGCAGUGUCACUGCAAUCACCACUGUCCAGAGGACUCAGUUGACAGCACCUGCAGGACUGAUGGCUACUGUUUCACCAUGGUAGAAGAAGAUGAAUCUGGAGGACGUACGAUUGCCUCAGGAUGCCUAGGCUUAGAAGGCUCAGACUUCCAGUGCCGGGAUACACCCAUAAUACAUCACAGAAGAACUAUUGCAUGCUGCACAGAUGAAGAUUUCUGUAAUGAAAACCUUCACCCUACACUGCCACCGCUGAAAAAUAGAGAUUUUGUUGAAGGAAACAUUCACCAUAAGGCCUUGCUGAUCUCAGUGACUGUUUGCAGUAUACUCCUGGUGCUUAUCAUCAUAUUCUGUUACUUCAGGCAUAAAAGGCAAGAAAGCAGACCUCGUUACAGCAUUGGACUUGAACAGGAUGAGACUUACAUUCCUCCAGGGGAAUCCCUGAAAGACUUGAUUGAACAGUCUCAGAGCUCAGGAAGUGGGUCUGGGCUCCCUCUGCUGGUCCAAAGGACUAUAGCAAAGCAGAUUCAGAUGGUGAAACAGAUAGGGAAAGGUCGCUAUGGAGAAGUUUGGAUGGGAAAGUGGCGUGGAGAAAAGGUAGCUGUAAAAGUGUUCUUCACCACUGAGGAGGCCAGCUGGUUCAGAGAGACAGAAAUCUAUCAGACUGUCCUGAUGAGGCAUGAAAACAUUUUGGGGUUCAUUGCUGCAGACAUUAAAGGUACAGGGUCUUGGACCCAACUGUAUCUUAUCACAGACUACCAUGAGAAUGGCUCCCUGUACGAUUAUCUGAAAUCCACUACCUUGGAUACAAAAGCCAUGCUAAAACUGGCCUAUUCCUCAGUUAGUGGCUUGUGCCACUUGCACACUGAGAUCUUCAGUACUCAAGGCAAACCAGCUAUUGCCCACCGUGAUCUGAAAAGUAAGAACAUUCUCGUGAAAAAGAAUGGAACCUGCUGUAUAGCAGACCUGGGCUUGGCAGUUAAAUUUAUUAGUGAUACAAAUGAGGUGGACAUACCACCAAACACCCGGGUAGGAACAAAGCGCUAUAUGCCUCCUGAGGUGCUGGAUGAAAGCCUGAAUAGGAAUCACUUCCAGUCGUAUAUCAUGGCUGAUAUGUACAGUUUUGGACUCAUCCUUUGGGAGGUAGCAAGGAGAGGUGUGUCGGGAGGAAUAGUUGAAGAAUACCAGCUUCCAUACUAUGAUCUUGUGCCCACUGACCCCUCCUAUGAGGACAUGCGGGAAGUUGUGUGCAUCAAGAAGCUCCGUCCUUCAUUCCCCAAUAGAUGGAGCAGUGAUGAGUGCCUAAGACAAAUGGGAAAACUCAUGACAGAGUGUUGGGCUCACAACCCUGCUUCUCGCCUCACAGCCCUGCGAGUAAAGAAAACACUUGCCAAAAUGUCAGAGUCACAGGACAUUAAACUCUGAUUCAAGAUCUCUUGUCUGGUGAAAGCCCUUAAAAACUGACUUUCCCUUGAUGAUCAUCAGAAGCAAAGCCUUCACUAUCUGCUCCCUGUUUGCAGGGGGAGGGGAAAUACCAUUUCAGUAACUGGUUCAAGAUUAUGUAUGUUGCUUGCUUUCUGUGAAAGCCCGUUAUUUUUUGAUUGUUUAAAAGAAGAUUACUGCUUUAAAUUUUAUGAAAAUGAAACUUAUGGUUAGAAGUAAAGACCUAUAUAUUGUUACAUUAAGAAACUGUGCCUGAAGAUUGAAGUAAAGUGACUUUUUUCAUUUAUAAAAAGAUUUGCACUCCAACAAAAAUAUUGAGGCAUGGCUGUGACAUUAAUGGCCUUAAACAGAAGCCAAUGGUUCUUGGAUUAGGCUGAAUUUUCACUGAAAAAUAAAGACUUAUUGAACCAGUUUGGUUUGUCUUAACAGCCUUUCAUUUAUCAGAGAAACCACUGGUGAGUGAAACUGCUAAACUAUCAAAAGUUGGUAGGUCAUAAAUAUAUACAUCCAGAACUGAAACAUUUAUUUAUGAAAACUUUUGACACCCACCUCCAGUGUAGUCAGUGAUUGAUAUUACAUGGGGGGGGAUGUACAUAAAGAUGGAAAAUUUCUUUUGAAGAUUAGGAAACCUGUAAAUACUAUUGGGAACAAAUGGUUAUGUUGUAUUUGUUCAAACUGUGUAUUGUUGUUUUAACAUUCCCCAAAUAAAAUGCAAAAUUUCAAGACACCUAAAGUGUGUGAGGACACACUGAGGAACCCAAUUCUUACAUUCG